GAAACCGCGCUAUAGAGAGAGUAAGGUGAAGGAAACGAUGACAAUCAUGAAGGCGAACUGUAUUUUUACUUCCCUGUUCGUUCUUUUACUUGGCUGUGAGUCUUUAGGUAGAAUACCUGAGAGAGUUCGUUAUGACGGCCACCAAGUGAUUCGAGUGACACCACACACUGAUGAACAAGUGCGCGCUCUACGGCUACUGAAAGAUAACGUUUUUGUCAACAAAGUUGAUUUCUGGCGACCUCCAACAGGAGUCAAUAGAGCAGUGGACAUUCAGAUACCACCUGACUACAUUAAGGUCCUAAAGGGGGCGCUGAAUGCACUUGACUUUAAGCCAGAGGUCAUCAUAAAGGACCUGCAGGCUAAGAUAGAAGAUGAGCUCUUGUACAAUUUGAAACAAAAUGCUACUGAUGAGUUUGACUACGGAAAAUACCACUCACUGGAUGAAGUAGAGGAAUGGCUGAAAUCUCUUCAAGAGACGUACCCGAAGCUGGUUACUCUCAUACCGCUAGGGAAAUCAUUCGAAGGGAGAAUGAUAAACGCUAUUAAGAUAAGCAGUGAGCAUUCUACAGGGAAAUUGUCCUUUUGGAUGGACGGCGGGAUACACGCACGAGAGUGGAUUUCUCCAGCCACGGUCAUCUACAUGACAGGACAGCUAUUGUCUCAGUAUGGGAGCGACCCUGACGUCACGGAGCUGGUGAACGUCAUUGACUGGUACCUACUCCCUGUAUUUAAUGUGGAUGGAUACGUCUACACGUGGGAGAAGGAUCGCAUGUGGCGUAAGACUCGUUCUACUCAUCCGGGCACCUCAUGUGUGGGUGUGGAUCCAAACAGGAACUGGGACUGGCACUGGUGUGAGGCCGGCGCCAGUAGAAACCCGUGCUCAGACUCCUACUGCGGACCGAAAGCCUUUUCGGAAGUGGAACUCCAGCACGUGACCAACUUCCUUGCGGCUCACAAUGACACGUUGAAGUGUUACAUCAAUUUCCAUAGUUACAGCGAGCUGUGGAUGACGCCCUGGGGUUACACGCAUACCCUCCCGCCAGAUUACCAGCUUCAAAACAAAGUCGCUGCUGCUGCGGUUGAAGCCCUGGCCAGCAUUAAUGGAGUAAAAUAUGAACACGGCAGCAUUGCCAAUAUUAUAUAUCCAGCAAGUGGAAGUAGCGCCGACUGGACAUACGGGGAUUUAGGGAUCAAACUCUCGUACGGCGUGGAAUUGCGAGACAAGGGAAGACAUGGCUUCAUCUUACCCACUGACCAAAUAAUUCCAUCUGGAAAAGAGACAUUUGCCGCGGUCAAAUCUAUUGGAAAGUUUAUUAUUAAUAACCCAGUUUGAUUUAUGAUAUUUGUGCUAUAUCGUGUGAAUAAAAAACGAAAGGAAGUUUGGAUUUUCAUUGAUAAUUCUUUUAAAAAAUCAUAUGAAGUACCAGUAGGCCUAUAGUAUGAAAUUUCCUUUUUACGCAACUCUUGGCUAAAACAGACACCUUUGGUAUGCCUUCAACUUUUGAACAGUUUAUUGUAAGGAUUCUUGAAAGAUUCUUGAUGAAAUCCGACAUGGCUCAAAAUGCUUUAUGUUUAGUUAUGCUUGUUUCGUUUGUUGUAACAUUUUACCUAUUUUAUUCAAGAUCAGGCUAUGCAAUGAUUUUUUUUUUUUUUUUUUGUUAACUUCCCUUUCAACCAAAACACCCAAUGGAAAUACACCAUAAUGAUAGACAUUCCACUUACGUUGAGGACAUGCAGUUUCACUACCUCCGCGUGCACUUGUACCCUCUUAGUGAUUGUAAGUGCCAAUUAACUUGACAGUGACAUAUCGAUACAGGCACAUGUUUCAGUGUACAUUUUCAUUUUUUUUCUUUUUUUUUUCUUUUUUCUUUUUGUCAACAGUAUUAUUACAUGUUACGCGGUGCUUGUUAUUCUUCAUGUUGGUAUCAUAUUUUAAGCAGCAUCAUGGUGUAGUGAUUUUAAAAAAUAGAUUGUCAAAUAAAACAUGAAUAUUCAAAUAUAAUUAUCAUUAAAAAUAAAUUAUUAUUAUUAUUACUAUUAUUAUUUUGUCCUUGGGGAGUAAAUCCAUAUAACUUUUACUCCCUCUUUCAGUGAAUAUAGCAC